CCCGUCUCUCUCGCUUUUCCAAUGUCGCUUUCUUCCAGGCUCAUUAGUGUGCCUUCAAGUGUCCAACCACGUUCCACCACAUAUGCGGUUAAUAAUAUCUCGUUCGACUUAUGCGAUCAGCAAACUGUGUCAGCUGUAAGCUCAGCAUCCAUUGUUAACUCCGAGUUCCCUGAAGCUUCAAUCAUUGAAUAUAUCAUUGUGUAGUGUAUUUGUAUAGUUUCGACGAGUUUCCUUGUGGUGGUUCUUGCUGCUUCCGGGAGGAAUAUGCAGGUUUUUAACUUCUUUGAGCUAUUACUUCUGGCAUUAACUUGCUUCCAGUUGCUGGGAAUUUCUCAUGAGUCUAGAUUACCUCAAGAUGAAGUUGACGCACUUCAUGAAAUUACAAGAACAAUGGGGGCUACCUAUUGGAAGUUUAAUGAUUCCUGUGGAAUUGAUAUGGUUGGAGUAACAGCGGAACUCUCUCCUGAAUCAGAGAGAAGACUAGAUUGUGACUGCAGAUUUGAAAACAACACAGUCUGCCAUGUUGUAAAGAUGACUCUCAAGCGCCUUAGCCUCCCUGGCAUGCUCCCACCUCAACUGGUCAAGCUGCCCUAUCUUCGAGAAAUAGAUUUUGCUUACAAUCUCUUUACUGGUUCAAUUCCAAAGGAAUGGGCUUUAAUGAAUUUAACUUCAAUCUCUCUUCUUGUGAACCGCUUAUCUGGGGAAAUUCCCAAUCAUCUAGGAAAUAUUACUUCUCUCACAUACCUGAUGCUUGAAGCAAACCAAUUUUCUGGUGUCAUUCCUCCUGAUCUUGGGAGUCUAAUCAACUUGCAAACGUUGGUACUGUCAUCCAAUAAAUUGACUGGGAGCUUACCAGGGGAACUUGCUGGGUUACAGAAUUUGACUGACUUUAGGAUAAAUGAUAACAACUUCAAUGGAACCAUACCUAACUUUAUACAAAACUGGAAGCUUCUCCGAAGAUUAGAAAUGCAUGCAAGUGGACUGGAGGGACCAAUCCCAUCAAAUAUAUCACUUUUGGAGAACUUAGCUCAGUUGAGAAUCAGUGACAUAAAUAGUCCUAGUCAAGGUUUUCCUUUGCUGGAAAACAUGCCAAAAAUGGAAACAUUAGUUUUGAGGAACUGUAACCUUACUGGGGAGAUACCUUUAUACAUCUGGACGAUGACGAAUUUGGCAACAUUGGAUCUCAGCUUUAAUAAGAUAGUUGGGCACAUUCCACCAGUUAUAAAUACCAGACGUCUGAGAUAUAUGUACCUUACAGGAAAUAUGCUAAGUGGAAAUGUACCAAAAUUCUUGAAGGGUGGAAGUAGCAUCGAUCUUUCAUACAACAACUUUACUUGGCAAGGUCAUGAGCAACCUGCUUGUCAGAAUAACAGGAACUUGGAUCUGAAUUUGUUUAGAAGCUUUAGAAGGAAGAACAAGUUAGAAGAAUAUGUCCCUUGCUUAGAGAACUUCAGUUGUCAACAGUAUUCAACCUGUUUACACAUAAAUAGUGGUGGGAUAAAUGUAAAGGUGACAGAAAAUAAGGGAGAAACCCUUUAUUUAGGGGAUGGAAAUGUUGGUGGUGGUGCAGCAACAUAUCACUAUAGCAACACUUAUAAUUGGGGGUUCAGUAGUACUGGAGACUUCAUGGAUGAUUUUAACUCCCAGAACAUAAGAUACAUCGUAUCUCUGCCAUCUUCAAAUAUGCCUAAACUAUAUACAACCGCUCGUAUUUCUCCACUUUCACUUACUUAUUUCCAUAAUUGCAUGGAAAAUGGGAACUACACUGUAAAUCUCCACUUUUCUGAAAUACAGUUCACAAAUGAUAAUACAUACACAAGUCUUGGGAAGCGCAUAUUCGAUAUCUAUGUUCAGGAACAAUUAAUUUGGAAGGAUUUUAAUAUUGAGAGUAAGACAACUGUUGCUCGAAAACCACUGAUACAGCCAAUACAUAAUGUCAGUGUCACAAAUAAUGUUUUGGAGAUUCGGUUCCAAUGGGCUGGAAAAGGAACAACUAGAAUUCCUGAUAUCGGAGUUUAUGGUCCCAUUGUGUCAGCAUUAUCUGUGGUUUCUGAUUCCAGACCUUGCUCAAAUGGUGGAAAGAAGGGUGCGGUUAAUAAGUUCAUUGCAAUUGGAAUUUCUGCUCUAUUCUUAAUGCUUUUUAUGGCAGGGAUCAUUUGGUGGAAAGGCUGUUUCAGAGAAAAACUCCAAAAGACAGAAGAUAUUCAGACAGGAACUUUCAGCUUCAAACUAAUGAGAGCGGCCACUGAUGACUUCUCUUAUGAUAACAAAAUUGGGGAAGGCGGAUUUGGUCCUGUAUACAAGGGUCAGUUACCUGAUGGUACUGUUAUAGCGGUCAAGCAACUAUCAUCAAUGUCACGGCAGGGAAAUCGUGAAUUUCUAAAUGAAAUAGGCAUAAUAUCUUGUCUGCAACAUCCUAACCUUGUGAAACUCUAUGGAUCUUGCAUUGAAGGGGAUCAGCUGCUAUUGGUAUAUGAGUACAUGGAAAAUAAUAACCUCGCCCGAGCUCUAUUUGGCAAUGAGAACAAUCGGAUUCAACUGGAUUGGCCCACAAGAGUUAGGAUCUGUAUUGGCAUUGCAAAAGGUCUUGCAUUCCUUCACGAAGAGUCAAGGCUCCAGAUUGUGCACAGAGAUAUCAAGGCUACUAAUGUGUUACUUGAUGGCAAUUUAAAUCCUAAAAUAUCAGAUUUUGGUUUGGCCAAGCUCAACGACACAGAGAAGACACACAUCACCACUCGAAUUGCAGGAACUAUAGGAUAUAUGGCUCCAGAAUAUGCAUUAUGGGGCCAUCUAACAUUCAAGGCAGAUGUUUACAGUUUUGGUGUCUUGGCCUUAGAAAUUGUCACAGGGAAGAGCAAUAACAAUUAUGUGCCAGAUAAUGGCGCUGUUUGUCUUCUAGAUUGGGCAUGUCGAUUGGAGCAAAGUGGGAAGUUGAUGGAGCUGGUUGAUGAAAGAAUGGGGUCAAACGUUAAUGAAAGGGAAGCAGAAGAAGUGCUCAAAGUUGCUCUUCUUUGCACAAAUGCAUCACCAUCACUAAGACCCACAAUGUCUGAGGUUGUAAGUAUGCUUGAAGGACAAAUGGAUAUUCCAGAUGUAGUUCCAGAACCAGGUGCAUGCAAUGAAGACUUGAGGUUCAAAGCCUUGAGAGAUCUUGACCAAUGGUCACGGCGGAGUUUGAAUGGAAACCAGACCCAAUCUUCAGUGUCAGUCCAUACCUUCAGCUUAGAAAUUGGCAAUACUAAUACGGCUUGUUCUGUGGACUGUGUGGAUCAUCAGUUAGUCCACAGAACUGAGAUUUCACCUUCAAAGGCAAGUUCAACACCCUGAUGGUUUCUUAGCAGAUAGCUCAUUGCCUCAUUGUAUGCUUUGUCUCCAUUGUGUCGGGGUUAACAUUUUGACCCUCAAUCAUUAAAUUCAACCUACAAUUUUGCGGUGCGUAUGUAGGGUGAGCGUGAGGGAUAUAAAGGUUGUGAGUUGUAAGUUGUAACUGUAUAUAAAAUCAAAUUCCCUCAUUUACACACAUUUUCUUUAAUUCCCAUUGCAUAAAUUAUGCAAUCAUUCAUGUGACAACACACAAUUCACAUUAGUGAAGCAUAAUUAUUCUAA